CACGGGGUUGUCAUGGAGCCGCGGGGCCGGGCUCGCGCAUGCGCUACCUGACCUGCGGGGCCGGUCGUGGAGCUGCGACCCCGGCCCUGGGGCAAUCUGGUUGAAAAGAGUACCGAUGAACCUGCUGCCAGCCUAGUAAGAAAUGGAGAGGAAAAACCCAUCCAGAGAGAGCCCCAGAAGACUCUCAGCCAAACUAGGCAAAGGCACAGAGAUGAAAAAAGUGGCUCGUCAACUUGGCAUGGCGGCUGCCGAGUCAGAUAAGGACUCUGGAUUUUCAGAUGGGAGCUCGGAAUGUCUGAGCUCAGCAGAGCAGAUGGAGUCCGAGGACAUGCUGAGCGCCUUAGGCUGGAGCAGAGAAGACAGGCCAAGGCAGAACUCCAAAACUGCAAACAACGCCUUCCCUACCCUGUCCCCCAUGGUUGUCAUGAAGAAUGUGCUGGUCAAACAGGGCAGCAGCUCAUCCCAGCUACAGUCAUGGACUGUCCAGCCCUCCUUUGAAGUGAUCUCAGCACAGCCACAGCUCUUAUUCCUUCAUCCACCUGUACCAUCUCCUGUCAGUCCCUGUCAUGCGGGCGAGAAAAAGUCAGAUGCCAGGAACUACCUGCCCAUUCUAAAUUCUUACACCAAAAUAGCCCCACACCCAGGCAAAAGGGGCCUUUCCCUCAGACCAGAAGAAAGAGGAGCAAGUGGAAUGCAAAAGAAAAUCUGCACUGAGAGACUUGGGCCAAGCUUGUCUUCCAGUGAGCCAACCAAGACCGGUGCUGUACCAUCCAGACCCUCGACUGCAGCACCACCCAGUGCCAAACUUGCCGAGGACUCAGCUCUGCAGGGUGUGCCCUCCCUAGUGGCAGGGGGAAGUCCACAGACUCUUCAGCCAGUAUCCAGCAGCCACGUGGCUAAAGCUCCCAGUCUGACCUUUGCUUCCCCCGCUAGUCCUGUCUGUGCCUCAGACAGUACUCUACAUGGGUUAGAGAGCAACUCUCCCCUCUCACCAUUGUCAGCUAAUCAUAAGUCACCCUUAUGGGCAGCAGAGCACCUCUGCCACAGCCCAGAUUCCUUUUCAGAGCAGCGCCAGAGCAAGCAUAGGCGCUUUCAGAAUACCCUGGUAGUGCUACACAGAUCUGGUUUGCUGGAGAUCACUUUGAAAACCAAGGAGUUGAUUCGUCAGAACCAGGCGACUCAGGUGGAACUAGACCAGCUAAAGGAGCAAACCCAGUUGUUCAUAGAGGCCACCAAGAGCAGGGCUCCUCAGGCUUGGGCCAAGCUGCAGGCAUCUUUAACAUCUGGGUCCAGUCAUACUGGCAGUGACCUAGAAGCAUUCUCUGAUCGCCCAGACAUAUAGCACAGACGGCAUAUUUUCCUGUUACUUGAGUAGUUCUUUGAAAUAUUUUACUCUUACCUAUUUCUGUUUCCUAAAGUUUAUGUAAGAGCUUUUCCUUUUAAACCUCUACUGUUUAGCAGUUCACUUAUAAAGCCACGUGCCAGUAGCUGGCUGCUGUCUCAACCUGUGGUCUGUGCACAGGUUAUGCAUUUCUCCGUUCCACUGAGGACCUCUGAUUCAGAGUGUCCUUGAGUUCCUCUUCCUUAGCUUGCAGGCUCUCCGAUGGGUCAUGGGGCAAAGCAGGAAAGGUGACUGUGGGGGGCUCUUCUAGCUGCCACCUCCCAUGUCCCACUCACCGGGAUCAAGGGUGCAAUAAUACAGAUGAGUGUACAGAGUGACACCUGUUGAGCCAGGGAGUAGGUGACAUAAGGAUCCCUUCCCCUGAGUAUCUUAGAAAAACGGAGGAGGUGUGUUUGCAUUCUACAAGGCAUUGUGCCAGUUGGGUGAAACAUAAAAUGCUCUGGGCACAGGUUGUGCCUGAUUGUAAGCACUUAAUCACUUAAAGCUUUGUUUUCUUAAACUUGAAAGUUAAGGGAAAAGGGUAGGACCAUUUGACUCAUUCACUUUAAUCACAAGCCAGAUUUCACUUAAAUGAUUAGGCAAAAUGAGAUUUUUAAGGUAUAGCAUGGAUUCAGUAUUCUUUGGAAUUGUAGUUGAUGAAUUCCUUUUUUUAUUUAGAGACUGAAGAAAAUAGACAUGGCCAGUAUCUCUUGGCCAGGGGCCAGAAGAUUCUGGUAACUUAUGCUUUUUUUUUCUCUUGAAACAGUUCAACUUGUUUUAUGUCUAAAAACCUUAAGGAUAGCUUCAGUCGUUCCUGAGGGUGCAGUAUAAGUCAACCUUCUGCAGCCACCCUGGGCUCCCCCCCCCCUUUGUUUUCAUAAAAGAGGAAAGAAGUGAUUAUUAGGCUUGAUAAACUUUGAAUUAAAUGAAAUCAUCCGGAGAUUGUGAUAAGUUCACAAAGAAUUAGAAAACAUUCUUAUCCAUUUUCUUUUCACAUCCCAAGUUUUCAUUUUUCCCAUGUUAUGGUGACAGGGAAUGAUUAUGGAGCACAGUCCUCUGUGUUUCUUUCACGGGUUGGAUAUUGGCAACAAAUCCAAAGGUGUAACGUUGGUUAUAUGAAGUUCAUCUCAAAAUGGAGAAUGUGAGUUUCCAGAUGAUACACAUUCGUUUCAGCUUCGUUGUAUCGGUAACUAGAUUUCUAAGAGUAAAUUUUUUUAAAAAUUUA